AUGGCUGCAAAACAAGAAGUCUCUGAUCUUGUGUCUGAUCUGAGGAUUGUGAUGAUGGGGAAGACUGGUGUGGGUAAGAGCUCUACUGGGAACACCAUCUUGGACAAGGAGGUCUUUCAUGUAGCAUGUUCUGCUCAGUCAGUGACCAAAGACUGUAUAAAGGUAAAAGGAGAAGUUGAAGGCAGAAAAGUGUCUGUGAUUGACACUCCUGGGCUGUUUGAUACUGACCUGACAGAAUCAUCAGUAAUAAACAGGCUGGUUGAGUGUAUCGCACUGUCCUGCCCUGGACCUCACGUCUUCCUCCUGGUGCUGUCGCUGGGUCGAUUCACUGAAGAGGAAAAUGAGACGGUGAAGAGACUGCAGUGGAUCUUUGGAGAAAAGGCCCCCAAAUACACCAUCAUUAUCUUUACUUGGGGGGACCAGCUGAAACAACAGACCAUAGAGGAGUAUUUGGCAGUGGCAGGAGAUGCCCUGAAUCAGGUGGUGAAGAAGUGUGGUGGCCGUUAUUGUGUCUUUAACAAUGAAAACAUGGCAGAUCGGUUUCAGGUCAUCAGACUGAUCGAAAAAAUUGAUGAAAUGGUGUUGGAAAGUGAAGGGGGCUGCUACACCAAUGAGAUGUAUGAGAAUGUGGAAAGAGCGAUUCAGGAGAGAGAGCAGGAGUUGAGAAACGAAUUCAGUCAGAAUGUGGAAAGAGCAGUUCAAGAGAGAGAGAACGAGCUGAGGAGUGAGUUAGACAAACAGGUUAGAGCCAAAGACAAGGAAAUAAAUAAACUGCAACUGGAGCUGAGGGAAAGAGCAGUGAGAGAGAUCAAGUUGAAGAAAUUUCCUCAGUUCAGAAAAGUCACAGAGCAAUGUAAACAACAGUAAUAUGGGCAGCAUUUUCCUCUCCUUGUUAUUUAACCAAAUCUGUAUCUACAGUCACAUGUGUUCAGUUUAGCACAAUAUGUCUUUUAUAAUGAUUUAUGGCCUUGUAUUUGUGUUGCUCUGUUCAUUUAAACUCAUUGAGUUUUUUCAAACAUUCUGACAUUUGAGAACAGUGGCAGCUAUAUCUAUAGAGGAAGCUGUUCCAGCCUUUUUUUUUUUUUUUUUUUUUGUAAAAAAAAAAAAAUGAAAUU